ACGGGCUUGAUUUUCUAGCAGAGCUGUCCCCGGAGGAUUGUGUGCUGUGCUGUGAGUGCUACUGCAGGGAACUGUGAGGAGAGCAUGGGUGAGCAUGGAAGCCACGACAUGAAGGCAGUGACCUAUGAUGAUGUGCACAUUGACUUCACUCAGGAUGAGUGGGAUUUGCUCAGUCCUUCUCAGAGGAGUCUCUACAAAGAUGUGAUGCUGGAGACACACAAAAACCUCACAGCCAUAGGCUACAGUUGGGAAGACCGUAAUUCUGAAGAACAUUGUCAAAGUGCUAGAAGACGUAGAAGGCAUGAAAGAAGCCAUAAUGGAGAGAAAUCCUCUGAAUAUACUCAAUGUGGUAAAUCCUUUUCAUGUAACAGUCAUCUUCAAAGGCAUGAAAAUAGCCAUUCUGCAGAGAAACCAUGUGAUAUUCAAUGUGAUGAAGCCUUUGCAGGUACCAGUUGUCUCCAAAAAGAUGCUGGAAAGAAACACUAUGAAUGUAACCAAUUCAGUAAAGCUCUUGCCAGUCAUGGUAAGCUCCAAAAACAUAAAAGAAAAUAUAGUGUAGAGAAGCCUCUUGAAUGUAAUCAAUGUGAUAAAGUUUUUUCACAACCCUCUAAACUCCAAAGACAUAAAAGAACACAUAGUGGAGAGAAACACUACGAAUGUACUCAAUGUAGUAAAGUCUUUGCAAAUCAAUAUUAUCUUCACGUACAUAAAAGAACACAUACUGGAGAGAAACCCUACACAUGUAAUCAAUGUGGUAAAGCCUUUUCACAGAAAAGUCAUCUCCGAGUACAUCAAAGAACACAUACUGGAGAGAAACCCUAUGAAUGUACUGAAUGUGGUAAAUUCUUUGCAGAUCAUAAUAAUCUUCAAGUUCAUAAAAGAACACAUACUGGAGAGAAGCCCUUUGCAUGUAAUCAAUGUCAUAAAGCCUUUACACAGAAGAGUAAUCUCCGUGUACAUCAAAAAACACAUACUGGAGAGAAACCUUAUAAAUGUACUAAAUGUGGAGAAUUCUUUGCAUAUCAUAAUGAUCUUCAAGUACAUGAAAGAACACAUUCUGGAGAGAAGCUUUUUGCAUGUAAUCAGUGUGGUAAAGCCUUUUCAAACAAUAGUAAUCUUCGCUUCCAUCAAAGAACACUCCAAAUACAUGAAAGAAUACAUACUGGAGAGAAACCCUAUGAAUGUACUGAAUGUGGUAAAUUAUUUGCAUACCUCGAUAAUCUUCAAGUUCAUAAAAGAACACAUACUGGAGAGAAGCCCUUUGCAUGUAAUCAAUGUGAUAAAGCAUUUUCACAGAAGAGUAAUCUCCAUGUACAUGAAAGAACACAUACAGGAGAGAAGCCCUAUGAAUGUAAUCAGUGUGGUAAAGCCUUUUCAUAUGUUAGUGUUCUUCAAUAUCACCAAAGAACACAUACUGGAGAGAAACCUUAUAAAUGUAAUCAAUGUAGUAAAGCCUUUGUAUCUUGUAGAAGCCUCCACAUCCAUCAAAGAACACAUGCUGAAUAG